UCCUGCUCUCCUCUCUCUUCUUGGGUGGCCACAGCACUGGCGGGCAGAGGCCCAGCGCCACGUGAACGACCUCUACGAAGACCUCCGCGAUGGACACAACCUGAUUUCCCUGCUGGAGGUUCUCUCGGGAGACACCCUGCCUCGAGAGAAGGGCCGGAUGCGGUUCCACAAACUCCAGAAUGUGCAAAUUGCCCUGGACUACCUGAAGCACCGGCAGGUGAAGCUGGUUAACAUCCGGAACGAUGACAUCGCUGACGGGAACCCCAAGCUCACGCUGGGCCUCAUCUGGACCAUUAUCCUGCACUUCCAGAUCUCCGACAUCCAGGUGAGCGGCCAGUCGGAGGACAUGACGGCCAAAGAGAAGCUGCUGCUGUGGUCUCAGCGCAUGGUGGAAGGGUACCAGGGCCUGCGCUGCGACAACUUCACCCUCAGCUGGCGUGACGGGCGCCUCUUCAACGCCAUCAUCCACCGGCACAAGCCCGUGCUGAUUGAUAUGAACAAAGUAUAUCGCCAGACCAACGUGGAGAAUCUGGAGCAGGCCUUCUCUGUGGCGGAGCAUGAGUUGGGGGUGACGCGGCUCCUGGACCCCGAAGAUGUGGACGUGCCUCAGCCGGACGAGAAAUCCAUCAUCACUUACGUCUCCUCGCUCUACGACGCCAUGCCCCGCGUGCCGGACGUGCAGGAUGGGGUCAAGGCCAAUGAAUUGCAGCUGCGUUGGCAGGAGUACUCAGAGUUGGUGACGCUUCUUCUGCAAUGGAUCCGGCACCACACGGUGGUCUUUGAGGAGCGGAGGGUCCCUGCCAGCUACGAGGAGAUUGAGGUCUUGUGGCGCCAGUUUCUGAAAUUCAAGGAGACGGAGCUGCCGGCCAAGGAGUCCGACAAGAACCGCUCCAAAGCCAUCUACCUGUCCUUGGAGCCUGCAGUGCAGUCCGGGCAAGUCAAGGUGCCCCCCGGCUACCACCCGCUGGACGUGGAGAAGGAGUGGGGCAAGCUGCACGUGGCCAUCCUGGAACGAGAGAAGCUUCUGCGCUCCGAGUUCGAAAGGCUGGAAAGGCUGCAGCGCAUUGUCAGCAAGUUGCAGAUGGAGUCUGGCCUCUGCGAAGAGCAGCUGAACCAAGCUGACACCCUCCUGCAGUCGGACAUCCGGCUGCUGAACGCCGGCAAGAGCCCUCAGAAGGCAGCCGAGAUCGAACGGGACCUGGACAAGGCCGAUGCCAUGAUCCGCUCCCUCUUCAACGACGUGCAGGCGCUCAAGGACGGGCGCCACCCGCAGGGCGAGCAGAUGUACCGCAGGGUCUACCGCCUGCACGAGCGCCUCGUGGCCAUCCGCACGGAGUACAACCUCCGCCUGAAGUCCGGCUCGGCGCCCAUCGCGCAGGUGUCCCUGCCUGUCACCCAGAGGCCCCGGCAGGAGCUGGAGGACGUCACUCUGCGCUACCUGCAGGACUUGCUGGCCUGGGUGGAAGAGAACCAGCGGCGCGUCAGUGCGGCCGAGUGGGGCAUUGACCUACCCACUGUGGAGUCCCAGCUGGGCAGCCACCGGGGCUUGCACCAGUCCGUGGAGGAGUUCCGCACCAAGAUCGAGAGGGCCCGUGCCGACGAGGCCCAGCUGUCUCCGGGCCCACGCAGCGCCUACCGGGACUGCCUGACGAAGCUGGACGUGCAGUAUGCCAAGCUGCUGAACUCUUCCAAGGCCCGCCUGCGGCAACUGGAGAGCCUCCACGCGUUCGUGGCCGCUGCCACCAAGGAGCUGAUGUGGCUGAACGAGAAGGAGGAGGAGGAGGUCAAUUACGACUGGAGCGAACGGAACAGCAACAUGGCUGCCAAGAAGGAGAGCUACUCGGGGCUGAUGCGAGACCUGGAGCAGCGAGAGCGGAAAAUCAAGGAGAUCCAGAACACGGGCGAUCGGCUGCUGCGAGAAGAGCACCCGGGCAAGCCGACGGUGGAGGCAUUCCAGGCUGCCCUGCAGACUCAGUGGAGCUGGAUGCUCCAACUCUGCUGCUGCAUAGAGGCUCACCUGAAGGAGAACACCAACUAUUUCCAGUUCUUUGCUGAUGUGAAAGAAUCCGAGGAGUUCCUGCGCAGGACCCAGGAGAUGAUGCGGAAGAAGUUUUCCUGCGACCGCUCCGCCACCGUGACGCGCCUGGAGGAUCUGGUGCAGGACUGCCUGGACGAGAAGGAGCACCUGGCCGAGUACCAGGGGCAGCUGGCCGGGCUGGCCAAGCGAGCCAAGGCAGUGGUCCAGCUGAAGCCGCGCAGCCCAGCCACCCCGAUCAAGGGCAAGGGCUUGCCGCUCCAGGCCGUCUGCGACUACAAGCAAAUGGAGAUCACAGUGCACAAGGGCGACUCUGGCACUCUCCUGAGCAACGCCCAGCCCUACAAGUGGAAGGUGUUGAAUGCAGCAGGAAGUGAGGCCGUGGUGCCAUCCGUCUGCUUCCUCGUGCCCCCGCCCAACAAGGAGGCCCUGGAUGCUGUGGGCAGGUUGGAGGCCACUCACCAGAGCUUGCUGGGCCUGUGGCAGCAGCUGCACGUCGACUUGCGCAGCCUCCUCUCCUGGCAGUGCCUGCAGCGAGACAUCCAGCAGAUCCAGUCCUGGUCUCUCCUCAUUUUUCGGACAAUGCCCCCAGAGGAUUACCGCCAGACGCUCCGCAGCUUGGAGACCCACUACCAGGAAUUCCUGCGCAACAGCCAAGACGCGCAGAACUUUUUCCCGGAUGACCGGCUGCAUGUGCAGCGCGAAUACACCACUUGCACCCAGAAGUACGAGCUGCUGCUGCACAGCUUAGAGAAAGGUGAGCAGGAGGAGUCUGUGUGCAGGAGCUGCAUUUCCCAGCUGAAGGACAUCCGCCUGCAGUUGGAAGGCUGUGAGUCCCGCACCACCCACAAGAUCCGCUCGCCGCUCGACAAAGACCCUGCCAAGGAGUGCGCGCAGCGCAUCAGCGACCAGCAGCAAAUCCACCUGGAGCUGGAGGGCAUCAAGAAGAGCCUGGGCAAAGUGAGCGAGAAGACGGAGCAGGUGCUCUCCCAGCCGGAGCAGGCCAGCUCGGCCCCCACGCUGCACUCGGAGCUGGACAUCACGCUGCAGAAGAUGGACCUGGUCUACAGCCUUUCCAGCGUCUACCUGGAGAAGCUGAAGACCAUCAACCUGGUGAUCCGUAGCACUCAAGGGGCCGAGGAGCUGGUGCGGAAGUACGAGGAGCAGCUGAAGGACGUGCAGGCUGUGCCCGCCGACCUCAAGGCGCUGGAGGAGAGCAAGGCAGAGCUGAAGAGGCUGCGUGGGCAGGUGGAAGGGCACCAGCCCCUCUUCAGCACCCUGGAGGCAGACCUGGGCAAGGCCAGCGAGGUGAACGAGCGGAUGGUGCGGGGCCACAGCGAGAGGGACGUGGACCUGGAGCGCUACCGGGAGCGCGUGCAGCAGCUGCUGGAGCGCUGGCAGGCCAUCCUGGCCCAGAUCGACCUGCGCCAGUGGGAGCUGGACCAGCUGGGCCGCCAGCUGCGCUACUACCGCCAGAGCUACGACGCGCUCAUCCUGUGGAUCCGGGACGCCAAGCAGCGCCAGGAGAGCAUCCAGGCCGUUCCCAUCACCGACAGCAAGGCCGUGCGGGAGCAGCUGCUGCAAGAGAAGAAACUCCUUGGAGGAGGUGUGACCGAACUGAGUAGCCAGGUGGAGGAGUGCCAGCGCUGCCAAGCAGUGGCCAUUGAUGUUAUCAAGGAUUACGAGCUGCAGCUGGUGACCUACAAGGCCCAGGUGGAGCCGGUGGUUUCCCCAGCCAAGGCCUGGGGCAAAUUCCCAGUCUGGCGCCUGGAGGCAAUAUUCAGGGAGGUGCAAUACGUGGACCUCCGGACUCGAUACAGUGAGCUGACCACACUGACCAGCCAGUGCGCCAUCAAGCUCAUCACUGGAGACCCUGCGGGCGGGCUGGAAGAAGAGGGAGGGGAGGCCGAGAAGCUGAAGGCGGAGGAGCGCAGGCGGCUGGCGGAGGUGGAGGCCCAGCUGGAGAAGCAGAAGCAGCUGGCCGAGGCCCACGCCCGAGCCAAGGCCCAGGCGGAGCAGGAGGCUCUGGAGCUGCAGCAGCGCAUGCACGAGGAGGUCAGCCGGCGGCAGCUGGUCGCUGUGGACGCCGCGCAGCAGAAGCAGAACAUCCAGCAAGAGCUUACGCAGAUGAAGCACAGCUCGGACCUGGAGAUCCAGUCCAAGCUGAAGCAAAUCGAGGAUGCCGAGCUGAGCCGCAAGAGAGUGGAGGAGGAGAUCCGCGUGAUCCGUCUGCAGCUGACUGCCACAGAGAAGCAGAAGUUGGGUGCUGAGGAGGAGCUUCAAGCCUUGCGUGACCGGGCCGAGGAGGCCGAGCGCCAGAAGAGGCUGGCCCAAGAGGAGGCCGAGCGCCUGCGCAAGCAGGUCGCAGAGGAGACCCAGAAGAAGCGGGAGGCCGAGGAGGAGCUGAAGCGCAAAGUGCAGGCCCAGCAGCAGGCGGCGCGGGAGAAGCAGGCGGCGCUGGAAGACCUGCAGGCUCUGCGCCUGCAGGCUGAAGAGGCCGGGCGCAGGAUGAAGCAGGCCGAGCUGGAGAAAGAGCGGCAGAUCCAGCUAGCCCAAGAGGUGGCGCUGAAGAGUUCCGAGGCGGACCUGCAGAGCCGGCGCCUGUCCUUUGCGGAGAAGACGGCCCAGCUGGAGUUCUCCCUCCAGCAGGAACACAUCACGGUCACUCACCUGCAGGAAGAGGCCGAGCGCCUGCGCAAGCAGCAGCUGGAUGCCGAGCAGGCGCGGGACGAGGCGGAGAAGGAGGUGGAGAAGUGGCGCCAGAAGGCCAACGAGGCGCUGCGGCUGCGGCUGCAGGCUGAGGAAGUGGCCCACAAGAAGGCCCUGGCCCAAGAGGAAGCCGAGAAGCACAAGGAGGACGCUGAGCGGGAGGCCCGGAAGCGGGCCAAGGCUGAGGAGUCUGCCCUGCGCCAGAAAGAGCUGGCGGAGGAGGAGCUGGAGAAGCAGCGGCGGCUGGCGGAGGGCACUGCUCAGCACAAGUUGCAGGCGGAGCAAGAACUGAUCCGCCUGAAGGCGGAGAUGGAGAACGGGGAGCAGCAGCGCCUUCUGCUCGAGGAGGAGCUCUUCCGCCUGAAGGCAGAAGUGAGCGAGGCCAUCCAGAAGCGGAAAGAGCUGGAGGAGGAGCUGACCAAGCUGCGGGCUGAGAUGGAGUUGCUGUUCCAGAGCAAGGCCAAGGCCGAGGAGGAGUCCCGCUCGACCAGCGAGAAGUCCAAGCAGAUCCUGGAGGCUGAGGCCAGCAAGUUGCGGGAGCUGGCGGAAGAGGCGGCCCGGCUGCGGGCCCUCUCCGAGGAAGCCAAGCGGCAGCGGCAGCUGGCGGAGGAAGAAGCGGCCCGGCAGCGGGCGGAGGCUGAGCGGAUCCUCAAAGAGAAGCUCGCUGCCAUCAACGAGGCCUCGCAGCUGAAGGCCGAAGCCGAAAUAGCCUUGAAGGAGAAGGAGGCCGAGAACGAGCGGCUGCGGCGGUUGGCUGAGGAUGAGGCCUACCAGCGGCGGCAGCUGGAGGAGCAGGCGGCCCAGCACAAGCGUGAUAUUGAGGAGAAGAUCGCGCAGCUGAAGCAGUCCUCAGCCAGCGAGCUGGAGCGGCAGCGGCGCAUCAUCGAAGAGGAAAUCCGGAUCCUGAAGAUCCAUUUUGAGAAGGCUUCCGUCGGAAAGGCAGACCUGGAGCAAGAACUUGGUAGGAUCAAGCAGAGUGCGGAGGAGGUGCAGCAGAGCAAAGAACAGGCUGAGCGCGAGGCGGAGAAGUUGCGGCAGCUGGCCUUGGAGGAGGAGAGCCGCCGCAGGGAGGCUGAAGAGAAGGUCCAGAAGAUCCUGGCUGCCGAGCAAGAGGCCGGCCGGCAGCGCAAAGCAGCCCUGGAGGAGGUGGGGCGCCUGAAGGCCAGGGUGGAGGAGGCCAAGAAGCAGAAGGAGCUGGCCGAGCGCGAGUCGGAGCGGCAGAUCCAGCUGGCUCAGGAGGCUGCUCAGAAGAGGAUCACUGCAGAAGAGAAGGCUCACCUGGUGGCCGUGCAGCAGAAGGAGCAAGAGAUGCUGCAGACCAGGCAGCAGGAGCAGAGCCUCCUGGACAAGCUGAGGGAGGAAGCCGCCCGGGCCAAGAAGGCUGCCGAGGAAGCCGAGUCAGCCCGGGUCAAGGCAGAGCAAGAGGCAACCUUGUCCCGCCAGCUGGUGGAGGAGGCUGAGCCUGGAAGCAGUGCAAGCAGAGGGAGGAGUGCUCAGGCUCAAGCCAAGGCUCCAAGGGGAGGGCCGAAGUUCAAAAGGAGGCGGAGCUGGAGGGCAGCUGGGAGAGGGCUUAAAGCGGAGAAAAGUCAUCUCCGGCAGCUUUCAGCUUGGCGGACGAGAGAGAUGGAGAGGCACAAGAAGUUUUUGUUUGCCGAGCAGACCCUGCGGCAGAAGGCCCAGGUGGAGCAGGAGCUGGCCAAGGUCAGGCUGCAGCAGGGUGUUCCAUACCAGAAGGGACAUCUUGACUCCAGGGAGCUGCAGCGCCUGAAGGACGAGGUGACCGAAGCCAUGAAGCAGAAGGCCCAGGUGGAGGAGGAGCUCUUCAAGGUGAAGAUCCACAUGGAGGAGCUGAUCAAGCUGAAGACCCGCAUCGAGGAGGAGAACAAGGUGCUCAUCAUGAAGGACAAAGACAACAUGCAGAAGUUCCUGGUGGAGGAGGCGGAGAAGAUGAAGCAGGUGGCGGAGGAGGCCGCCCGGCUGAGUGUGGAGGCGCAGGAGGCUGCCCGUAUGAGGAAGCUGGCGGAGGAGGAUCUGGCCCAGCAGCGGGCCCUGGCGGAGAAGAUCCUGAAGGAGAAGAUGCAGGCCGUCCAGGAGGCCACGCGGCUGAAGGCAGAGGCGGAAGUGCUGCAGAAGCAGAAGGAGCUGGCCCAGGAGCACGCCAAGAAGCUGCAGGAAGACAAGGACCAGAUGCUCCAGCAGCUGGCGGAAGAGACAGAGGGCUUCCAGAGGACCCUGGAGGCGGAGCGCAAGCGGCAGCUGGAGAUGAAUGCCGAUGCGGAGCGCCUGAAGCUGCAAGUGGCUGAGAUGAGCCGGGCCCAGGCCAAGGCGGAGGACGAGGCCCGGCGGUUCAAGAAGCAGGCCGAGGAGAUCAGCCGGAGGCUGCACCAGACGGAGCUGACCACCCAGGAGAAGAUGACGCUGGUGCAGACCCUGGAGAUCCAGAGGCACCAGAGCGACCAGGAUGCCGAGAAGCUGAGGCAAGCCAUCGCGGACCUGGAGAAGGAGAAGGAGAAGCUGAAGCGGGAGGCAGGGCUGCUGCAGCAGAAGGCGGAAGAGAUGCAGACUGCCCAGAAGGAGCAGCUACGCCAGGAGACGCAGAUGCUCCAGCAGACGUUUGUCUCGGAGAAGAACGUGCUCCUGCAGAAGGAGCGAUUCAUUGAGGAGGAGAAAGCGAAGCUGGAGAAGCUCUUCCAGGAUGAAGUCAAUAAAGCGCGGGGCCUGAAGGCGGAGCAGGACCACCAGCAGAAGGAGAUGGAGCAGGAGAAGCAGCGGCUGAGAGGCAACCUGGAGGAGGCCAGGAAGAAGCAAGCGGAGGCGGAGGAGAAUGUCCGCUUGAAGCAGGAGGAGCUGCAGCGGCUGGAGGAGCGCCGGCGGCAGCAGGAGAAGCAGCUUGCUGAGGAGAACCAGAGGCUGAGGGAGAAACUGGAACGCCUGCAGGAGGAGCAUCGCGUGGCCCUGGCCCAGACCCGGGAGAUCAUGAUCCAGACGGAUGAGCUGCCACAGGAGGCCACGGUCCCUUCUCUCCAGGCACCUCCGCUGAAAGUCAUGCCCAACGGAAGAGACGCAGUGGACGGCAUAGCUCAAAAUGGCGAGCCGGAGCUGGUCUUCGAUGGCAUCCGGCAGAAGGUUCCUGCCCAGAAACUGGCAGAGGCUGGCAUCUUAAGCAGAGAGACCCUGGAGAAGCUGGCCAAAGGCACGGUGACCACGGAGCAGCUGUCUCAGAGAGACGACAUCAGGCGGUACCUCCGCGGGACGAGCAGCAUUGCCGGCCUGCUGACUAAGCCAGCCAAUGAGAAGUUGAGCGUCUAUCAAGCCUGGAAGCAGCAGCUGCUGAGCCCGGGCACAGCUCUCGUCCUGCUCGAGGCACAGGCUGCCUCCGGCUUCAUCGUCGACCCUGUGAGGAACAGGAGGAUGUCCGUCAACGAGGCCGUGAAAGAAGGCGUGGUCGGCCCAGAGCUGCACAACAAACUGCUGUCUGCUGAGAGGGCGGUGACUGGCUACAGAGACCCCUACACCGGGGACAAGAUCUCCCUCUUCCAGGCCAUGAGAAAGGACCUCAUCGUCAAGGAUCACGGCAUUCGACUUCUGGAGGCCCAGGUUGCCACUGGGGGCAUCAUCGACCCCGUCAACAGCCACCGCCUGCCUGUGCAAGUGGCAUACGAGCGAGGCUACUUCGAUGAGAAGAUGCAGCAGGUCCUGUCUGACCCGACGGAUGACACCAAGGGCUUCUUCGACCCCAACACCCAUGAGAAUCUGACCUACCUGCAGCUGAUGGAGCGCUGUGUGACUGACCCCGAGACCGGGCUCUUCCUCCUGCCGCUGACUGGCAAAGCCACUGCGGGGGAGCUGGCCUACACAGACCAAGAGGCCAAAGACGUCUUCCAGAAAGCCACCGUGUCUGCGCCCUUUGGCAAGUUUAAGGGGAAGACAGUAACUAUCUGGGAAAUCAUCAACUCUGAGUAUUUCACUGAGGAGCAAAGGCGGGACCUGCUGCGCCAAUACAAGACAGGAAAGAUCACUGUGGAGAAGAUCAUCAAAGUGAUCAUCACGGUGGUGGAGGACAGCGAGAAGAAGAGCCAGCUGUGCUUCGAUGGCCUCCGGGCUCCCGUCCCAGCCGCUGAGCUCCUGGAGAGCACGAUCAUCACGCAGAAGCUGUACAACCAGCUGCAGCAGGGGAAGAAGUCUGUGGAGGACGUGGCCAGCAUUGAAUCCGUCAGGAGGUACCUGAAGGGCAGCAGUGCCAUUGCGGGCAUCUUGGUGGAGUCCACUGGCCAGAAGCUGUCGCUUAGUGAUGCCUUGAAGAAAAACCUCCUCAAGCCAGAGGUGGCGCUCUCGCUUCUGGAGGCUCAGGCUGGGACCGGCUACAUCCUUGACCCGGUGCGGAAUGAGAAGCUCCCAGUGGACGAGGCGGUGAGGUCUGGCGUCGUUGGACCCGAGCUGCACGAGAAGCUGCUCUCUGCGGAGAAAGCCGUGACUGGCUACAAGGACCCCUACACGGGGCAGCUGGUCUCCCUCUUCCAGGCCCUGCAGAAAGGCCUCAUCCCCAAGAGCAACGGGAUCCGCCUGCUGGAUGCUCAGCUCGCCACCGGGGGCAUCAUCGACCCCGUGCACAGCCACCGCCUGCCCCUGCAGACUGCCUGCAAGCGGGGCUACUUCAGCGAGGAGAUGAACAAGGCUCUGUCUGCUCCCGCUGAUGAGGCCAAGCUGUACUACGACCCCAGCAGCCAGGAACACGUCACCUACGCUCAGCUGCAGGGGAAAUGCCAGGUGGACAAGCAGACGGGACUCCACUUGCUCCCCCUCUCAGACCAGGCCAUCCACUUGCAGCAGCAAGAAGAAGUCUACUCCGACAGUCAGGCCAAGGAGUCCUUUGACAAGAUGACGGUGGAAGUGCCCACGGGCAGCUUGAAGGGCAAGACCGUCACCAUCUGGGAGCUGAUUCACUCAGAAUAUUUCACGGAAGAACAACGGAGGGAGCUGAUUCGGCAGUACAAGUCAGGCAAGGUCACUAUUGAGCGGGUCAUCAAAAUUGUAAUCACCAUCAUUGAAGAGACUGAGGCCAAGAAGCAGGAGAAGUUGACCUUCAGUGGUUUGCGAGCACCUGUGCCUGCGAAGGAGCUCCUGGAGUCCAGGAUCCUCAGCAAGGCCCAGUACGAACAGUUGAAGGACGGGCGCAAGUCUGUGAAAGACCUCUCUGAUGUGGAGGCCAUCAAGAAGUUCCUGCAGGGGAGGGAGGGCGUUGCUGGAGUCUAUGUGGAAGGGACCAAGGAGAAGAUGAGCAUCUACGAGGCCAUGAAGCGGAGCCUGCUCUUGCCCAGCACGGCAGUUGUGCUCCUGGAAGCCCAGGCAGCCACGGGGUUCCUGGUGGACCCAGUCAGGAACCAGAAGAUGUAUGUGAACGAGGCAGUGAAAGCUGGCCUUGUGGGGCCGGAGCUGCACGAGAAGCUGCUUUCUGCAGAGAAGGCGGUCACGGGGUACAAAGACCCUUACUCUGGAAACACCAUUUCUCUCUUCGAGGCCAUGAAGAAAGGCCUGAUCUUGAGGGAGCACGCCAUCCGCCUGCUGGAGGCCCAGAUUGCCACCGGGGGCAUCAUCGACCCCGUGCACAGCCACCGCCUCCCCGUGGAGGUGGCCUACAAGCGGGGCUAUUUCGAUGAAGCCAUGAACCAAACCCUCUCAGACCCUACGGAUGACACCAAGGGCUUUUUUGACCCCAACACAAGGGAGAACCUAACCUACUUGCAGCUGAAGGAGAGGUGCAUUGAAGAUCCCGAGACUGGCCUCUACCUUCUGCCCCUGAAGCAACCCGAGAGGCCCGCAGUAGUGGAGACAACCCAAGUGUACACGGAGGCAGAGACCAAGAAGGUGUUUGAGGACACACAGAUUGACAUUCCAGUAGGAGACAUGGCGGGCUCCUCCAUGACCCUGUGGGACAUCAUGCACUCCAACCUCAUCCCCGAGGAGCAGCGCAAGCGACUGUUGGAGGAGUUCCGCUCAGGCCAGGUGACCAAGGAGCGCAUGAUCAUUAUCAUCAUUGAAAUCAUAGAGAAAACGGAGAUCAUCCGGCAACAAGACCUCACUUCCUACGACUAUGUCCGGCGCCGCAUCACGGCUGAAGACCUGUACGAGGCCCGGAUCAUCUCCCUGGAGAUCUACAAUGAGCUGAAGCAAAGUUCAAAGACCAUCCGUGAGGUUCUAGAGGUAGAAACUGUCUGGAAGUAUCUCUAUGGCACCGGCUGUGUCUCUGGCAUCUACGUCCCGUCCAGCAAGCAGAAACUUGGCAUCUACCAGGCUCUGAAGAAAGGGCUGAUAAGUCCGGAGGUGGCGCGAUCCUUGCUGGAAGCCCAGGCCGCCACUGGCUUCAUUGUUGAUCCCGUCAAAAAUGAGAUGUUAACUGUGGACGAGGCUGUCCGGAAAGGAGUAGUAGGCCCUGAAAUGCAUGACCGACUCCUGUCUGCUGAGAGAGCUGUGACUGGCUACCGGGACCCUUACAGUGAGCAGAAAAUCUCUCUUUUCCAGGCCAUGAAGAAAGAUCUCAUCCCUUCUGAAGAAGCCCUCCGACUGCUUGAUGCCCAGUUGGCCACAGGAGGCAUCGUAGACCCUCACCUGGGCUUCCACCUGCCCUUGGAAAUCGCCUACCAGCGAGGCUAUUUCAACAGAGAGACUUAUGAGAGGCUGUCUGAACCCAGCGAGGUCCGCAGUUACGUGGAUCCUUCCACCGAAGAGAAGCUCAGCUACACGCAGAUCCUCAAGCGCUGCAAGAAGGAUGACAACACCGGCUGCCUGUUGCUGCCGCUCAGUGACACCCGGAAGCUGACUUUCCGAGGCCUCCGGAAGCAGAUCACGGUGGAGGAGCUGGUGCGCUCCAAGGUCAUGGAUGAAGCAACUGCCCAGCGCCUCCAGGAGGGCCUGACCUCUGUGGAGGAAGUCUCUAAAAACCUGCAGAAGUUCUUGGAAGGCACCAGCUGCAUCGCUGGCGUGUACGUGGACUCCUCAAAGGAGAGACUGUCUGUCUACCAGGCUAUGAAAAAAGGCAUAAUCCGUCCUGGCACGGCCUUCGAGCUGCUGGAAGCCCAAGCGGCCACCGGAUAUGUGAUUGACCCCAUCAAGGGCCUCAAGCUGACUGUGGAGGAGUCCGUGCGCAUGGGCAUCGUGGGCCCGGAGUUUAAGGACAAGCUGCUUUCUGCUGAGAGAGCAGUGACAGGCUACAGGGAUCCCUACUCAGGCAAACUGAUCUCCCUGUUCCAAGCCAUGAAGAAGGGGCUGAUUCUGAAAGAUCACGGGAUCCGACUGCUGGAAGCUCAGAUUGCCACAGGGGGCAUUAUCGAUCCAGAGGAGAGCCAUCGCUUGCCUGUGGAGGUAGCAUACAAGAGAGGGCUGUUUGACGAGGAAAUGAAUGAGAUCCUGUUGGAUCCCAGUGACGACACCAAGGGGUUCUUUGACCCAAACACAGAGGAGAACCUGACGUACCUGCAGCUGAUGGAAAGGUGCAUCACAGACCCGGAGACUGGGCUUUGUCUUCUGCCCUUGAAGGAGAAGAAGCGGGAGAGGAAGACCUCUUCCAAGUCCUCUGUGCGCAAACGCAGGGUGGUGAUUGUGGAUCCAGAGACUGGCAAAGAAAUGUCUGUGUACGAAGCCUACCGCAAAGGCCUCAUUGACCACCAGACCUACCUGGAGCUCUCAGAACAGGAGUGUGAAUGGGAAGAGAUCACCAUCUCCUCCUCUGACGGGGUGGUCAAAUCCAUGAUCAUUGACCGGAGAUCAGGGCGGCAGUACGACAUUGACGAUGCCAUCGCGAAAGGGCUGAUAGACCAGUCUGCCCUGGACCAGUAUCGCUCGGGCACCUUGUCCAUUACGGAGUUUGCCGAUAUGCUGUCCGGCAACGCGAGUGGAUUCCGAUCUAGAUCCUCUUCCGUUGGCUCUUCUUCCUCCUAUCCUAUCAGCCCAGCCCAUGGCAGAGGCCAGCUGACGUCCUGGAGUGAUCCUACAGAAGAGACGGGCCCUGUGGCUGGCAUCCUGGACACGGACACCCUGGAGAAAGUGUCCAUCACGGAGGCCAUGCACCGCAGCCUUGUGGACAACAUCACUGGCCAGAGGCUGCUGGAGGCGCAGGCCUGCACCGGGGGCAUCAUUGAUCCAGGCUCUGGAGAGAAGUUCUCGGUCGCUGAUGCUGUCAACAAAGGUCUGGUGGACAAGAUCAUGGUGGACAGGAUCAACCUCGCUCAGAAAGCCUUCAGUGGUUUUGAGGACCCAAGAACUAAGUCCAAGAUGUCCGCUGCACAAGCCUUGAAGAAAGGCUGGCUGUACUAUGAGGCUGGCCAGCGGUUUCUGGAAGUGCAGUACCUGACAGGUGGGCUGAUCGAGCCUGACGCAGCUGGCCGGGUCUCGCUCGAUGAGGCGCUGCAGAAGGGCACCAUAGAUGCGCGCACAGCGCAGAAGCUGCGGGACGUGAACACCUACUCCAAGUACUUGACCUGUCCCAAAACCAAGCUCAAGAUCUCCUACAAGGACGCCAUGGACAGGAGCAUGAUCGAGGAGGGAAGCAGCCUGCGCCUGCUCGAAGCGUCCUCCCAGUCCAGCAAAGGCUAUUAUAGCCCCUACAACGUCAGCGGCUCAGGCUCCACCUCCGGCUCCCGGUCAGGGUCACGAACUGGUUCUCGGCAGGGCUCAAGGCGAGGGAGCUUCGACGCGACAGGAUCCGGCUUCUCCAUGUCCUUCUCUUCCUCUUCCUACUCCGCAUCGAGUUAUGGGCGCAGAUACACAUCUGGCCCAAGCAGCUGUGCGGAUGCAGCUGAACUCAGCAGCCCCUCCUUCCACUCGAAUGGGAGCUGCAGAGGGGAGGGAAGCUGGCCGAAGACCCUUGAGCUGCACGGGCUGCAGCUGUCUGCGGCAUGAAGCCCCCACCCCCCGGCCUCCAGAAGUCCGAGAUCACAUAUAUUCUGCUCUGCAUGAGAUAAAGCUGCUGGCUAACCUGAAUAAUUAUUAUUGUUUGUUUUUAUAAUUCUUAAAACUCAUUUUCUUCCAAAGCAGUGCCUAAAGUUUAACCAAAAAAAAAAAUCUAGAUUAAAUAUAUUAAUAUAUAGGAUUGUUCUGACAGUAUUUGUAUAUUGUGAGAGGGGGGGAGAGAGCGCGUGAGCAGCCCCUCCCCCUGGCCCUAACUGCACCUUGUCCCUUUUUGUACCAACUGCUGAGUCGCAUAACCAGCCCACCAGAAGCCUUUUUGUACCCCGACCAGCUCGUAGAACUUUUUUUCUAAUGGACUCUGCCAUCUCCGCCCCCGCAAAGGAGGAGAGGACCCCUGUGCCGUGCCUUGAGCCCUGCUGCCGGUGCGCUCGUCGUUGCCCGGAGGCCGCCGGGAAGCGCCUCAGACCCGCCUUGCGCCCCAGAGACAUUCCCACAGCCCCUCCAACUCCCGCCACUCCUCUGAAGUCGUUGCCUUGGACCUCCGCCACACCGGCCUCCGCAGGACGACCCUCGGAACGGCUCUCUGCUCCCUGCGCUGUUCAUUGGCUGCCUUCCUCAACCACACGGACUUGGCACUCAGGCUGCGUCUUCCGGUCCCUUCAAAGACGCCCCCUUGUCAUUGGGAGAACUCCUGACCUGGUUCUCUGGAAUGAGCAAGUCCUGGAUGAGUUCGAGAGGAGGCCCAGAUGCAGCUGCUCCUCUGCUGUGGUCGUCCACGAAGUGUUGCUGGAUGUCCAUUUGAACGUUCUUCCCAGUUGUCGUGGAUCUCGUGCCCCUGCUGGGGGAGUGGCACAGCAUUGUGGAUGCAGGCCGACGCGGCCUGCCCUUCCCCUCGGCACGCGCCGUGGAGCAUGUGGCGCAGGGGCUGGGCCUGCGGGCCUGGGAGGCUGAGCUCCUUCCCGCAGCCUGCCCGGAUCAGGCUCUCUAGUGCAGGAGCACUUUUGCUGCAGGACGAGUCUCUCCGGUCGGGAGUGGCGGCUUCAGCAAGGGCCACCGGCCAGGCUGUGCUGUGCUGGGCGGUCUGUAGCCACACGCAGCAGCUUCCCUCUUGUCCUCCCCGUGGGUGGGGUUUGGCGCACGUGUUCCUCUUCCUCUUUUGGGGUGCCAAUUCCAGGGGCUGUGAAGGUGCUUGACUCUCCUUUGGCAGCAAUAAGGGGUGUGAAGGGGGCACUAGAACUUGGCAGUGGGUCUGAUGAGCCCUUGCCAUCUAGGUCCCCCACCCCCCCCAAGUAUCCCUUUCAGGCACAUCACGGCCUUCCUCCUCCGGCCCAAUCGUAAUUCGCCCCACGUGAAUCAAGACAUCCCAUUUCUUCUCACCAUUGUUUAUAUUGUUGUUCUCAUUCUCCAGAUUUUGUGUUUGCACAAUGUCCUCGCUUGACCAAGCUGGUCUCCAUAUUCUGUGUGGUUCUGGGGCUCGCAGGAGCGGUGGGGGUGGGGUGGGGUGGGGGGCCGGGCUGGAUUCACUUUCAGACUGAGCUGUCCAGACCCAUCUCUUUCUUUUUGGGAGGCAAAACACUAAACCGUGACCUGUAAAUAACAUGAAGUGUUUGUAAAAACAGGCAGUAUGAAACCACAGCCUCUCCACAGGGAGGGCAGUAAAGAAGAUUCUAUGAAA